UUCUUUGUUUAUUUUCCGUGGGGAUGUUUGAGGAUGGCAUGUUGAAGAUCUCUCUAAUAUUGUAUAAUAGAAUAAAGAAAGAAUGUGCUUUGCUAUUCAUGGGUAGUUAUCGCCGAAAUCCUUCUCCACUAUAAGAUGCUAAGGCAAUAUUGUGUAUAAACUGUGCAUUUCUUUUUUGUGGACUCUUAUCUGCCGAGUUAUACCUCUCGAACAUGAAUAUGAAGAAAUCAAGCAGUAACAUAUAGAACCCUAUACUGAUGAUACAAUACUCUUACAGCAACUUGGGUACUCUUUGUUAAAUCUUUAUUAAUGGACCAGGACCAGUCAAUUCUGACCAUUGCAUCGACAAAAAGGCUGACCACACUGAUCAUACACCACAAUGGCCCACUGGCGAAUCAUUCCUCUCACACGAUUGAUUAUUGAUUUUGCCACUGUACUAUACUUUUUGAAUGACAAAAGAUAUUGACAUGUGCACCUUGUUUUUAUUUUGACCUUUCCAAUAGUCAAUGUUAGAGGCAACAGAAGCACAUUUCUGAUCAGUCACACCAUUUUGUCAAAUUUAUGGAUAUACCAUCAUGCCUAAUACAUAAUCUCCAUAUUUUGGAAGUCUACUGUUUAAGAUCCAUAUACAAGGUCUUGAACUUUGUAUGCUAGUCUUCUAUUUUCUGGUUGCUAAUUGUUAAUAUCAAAUACUAUCUAGAAGGUGUCAGCCUUGUAGAUCAAUAGUUAUAAUUUCUUGUCAGUACUUCUUACACUUUUACCUUUAAAGCUUGUAACAGUUAGUGUUUUCAUUGUUCUGCUAAAAUUCUUUCCGACUCUUUUGCUAAUUAAGAAGGAUCAAGAACACAGCGCCUGCCCAAAGAGCAUCUGGUUAGUGAGAUAAUCAAAGAAGUUUAUGCUGUUUACUGUUUGCAUGGAAUGUAUGACAUGCCUUAUUUCGGGAUAUAUUCAUGUCCAUGUCAAUGUCCAUAGCGGAUAUUCAACCGGUCAACAAUUCAGUUUUUGAAUUUGUUUUGAAUUUUUGUUAUUCUUCAGACUUCUCACUCGCUUCAUAGUUAACAAUACAAAAACACACCAGAAGUCAGCCUAGCUGUAAUUUUCCUUUCCAAGUUGUGUUCUAAAUAUGUGCUAAAAUUAAGGAAAUAAAUAAAAUACACAUGACAAAACCAGAUUGACACAUUUUCUCUGAUAACAGGGUAUGUGAGAUAUGCAUUAUAUUAUUUAAGGAACAUGACAAUCAAUCUUGAUAUUAGCUGUGUAGUUUUAUAGAAACUUCUGUGACUAAGCAUGGAUAUAGGCCUCCCAGGAGUUUAUGAAUAUGCAAAACUAAUUAAAUCAGGAAAAAAAAAAUCGUCACCCUAAUAUUUUUUCAAAAUUAUGGUUUACAUCCUCCCUUAUCAUUAAUUGCAUCUUACACCACAUGUUUUCCUAUACAGCUACGUUUUCACAUCUUGUGGUUGAUAUAUGCUAAUCAAAAGGGAAUAUUACCUGGAUAUUCUCUUAAGUGUUUGAAUAUUUCUGUUGAAAGUGUAUUGACAAAAUCUCAAAAUAGCCUCCUUUUUGCACAAUAUUACAUUUUUUCAGCCUCAUUGCCUCACUUUUUUUCCUUCCAACUUUCACCUUCGGUUUCCUUUUUUCUUAAUUAAUAUAACCUAUACUCUUUCUCCUCUUUUACGUUAGUAAAUCAUAUUCAGUAGUAAGUUGCACCCUCCUAUUAACAGUCAGUCAUGGAUGAAUGUAGCAAGCAGUUUUUAUUUGGUAAAUAACUAAUUACAGGGAUUUUUUUUUGAUAUUUUCCAUUUUGAGGGUAUUUUUGUUCACUGACAACUCAUGUUAUAUUACCUUAGGGGUUGUAAAAGCUUCUGGAUUCUAAUAGGAAGGUGCAACAAAACCAUACAAGAGUUGCAUUGUAUGGGGGGUGAUUAUCCAUGAGGGUGUACACAAUUAUUUCGUUGAACAUUAGGGUUCAAAAUGUAAAUUAUCUAUUAAUUUUACACAAUUUUCUGACCAUGAAUUGUAGCCAGCAUCAUGGGGUUGUGACGUUAAAGUUAUGGCAACUACUCAAGGAAUUGCUCAAAUAAAAAAAACGUAGGUGCUGACAGUGUUCAUUUUUUAGAUAUCCAUAUUAACAUUCAGUUUUUGCCAAGGCCUUAGCCAAGUGGUUGUUUUCUUCUUCAUAGUGUAGAAGUGCCUGAGUAUUUUGCUUGGAUAAUUUUUUUAAACAGUGGAUUACCCCCUCUGUUAUCCUCGGAAAAGAAAAGCUGCUACUGAUAGAGGGUAUAAUUGUGGAGAACCUGUAUUGGCUGUGAAUUCUCCACUGAUUUCUGAACCAGCACCAGUGAGUGGACUUAUCUCAACUUCGGAAUCAAAAUUAGGUGGUAUUGCACUGGUCACUUCACAUGUAAGUCAAGCAGUCAUAGGAUCCACCUCAUCAAAAGAAACUAGCAAUGACAUGGAAGAGCAGGCUGCUACAAAGGCACAGGCAGCCUUCCGUGGUUAUCUGGCACGCAGGGCCUUUCGUGCAUUAAAAGGUAUUAUCAGGUUGCAGGCUCUAAUUCGUGGGCAUCUGGUUAGAAGACAAGCUGUUGCAACUCUCCAUGCUAUGGAGGGAAUUGUCAAGUUACAAGCAGUAGCUCGCGGAAGAAGAGUUAGAUGUACCUUUACUGGACUUAAAAUUACUACAGAGUUCAGUCAUGCGAAGACUGUGGAUGCUUGCUCAGCUUCUUCUUAUGUUCCUAUGACCCAGGAAGCUUGGAAAGUGAAAUUUUCAUCAAAUGCAUUUGUAUCGAAGCUUCUUGCGUCAUCACUCCUUGCAAAGUCUCUGCAAAUUCAGUAUGAUAAAGGAGAUCCCAAUUCAGUCUUCAGCUGGUUAGACAGAUGGACAUCCACCAGUUUCUGGCAGCCAAUUUCCAAGUCAAAAAAGGUUAUUGAUUCAAAAGGACAGACAAAUCGGGACAACUGUAAUAUGGGCACUGAAUCUGGCAAAUCAAGGCGCAGUGUACGAACCAAUCCUGCAUCGAACAUAGGAGGUGGUCAAACAAAUGCCAAGUAUGAGCCUGAAAGAACGAAAAGGAACCUGAAAAAGGUGCCUAAUCCUCCUGCUGAAACAGUACAGCAACAUCCACAGUAUGAGGUUGAUAGGGUAAAACGCAACUUGAGAAAGAUGAAAGAUGCAUCUGAGCAACCAGAGGUUGAAACUCAGAAAUCAAAUACACGUUUGAAAAAGGUGGAUAUCAGCUCAUCUGACACCCUAGACCAAGGAAUUGAGGAGUCCAUCGAAAAACCAGAGGAAAAUAUUAAUCCAACACCCAAUGUAAAAGCUGAUACUGAAGCUGCUUUAGUGCCUGUUACAGCUGGACCGGUUGAUGUGCUGAUUGAUGAUAACGAAGACAGCACCCUAGUGGUGAACGGGGAUCUAAGCUUGAUGGAAGAACAGUUCUGCCAUGAAAACCAGAAAACCAGCAAAAGGAGGUCUUCCUUCUCGGCAAAAUCAGAUGCUCCUGUGCUUCCCAGCUAUAUGUCAACAACAGAAUCUGCCAAGGCAAAAUUGCGGGGACAGGUAUCGCCCACUAUUGUAUCGGAGUCAGAUGACAAAAAUGGUUUUAUCCGUCGUCAUUCAUUGCCAUCAGAGAUGAGUUCGUCUAGGACAAAGCGAUUAAUCCAAGCUGGUGGCAAGGGGGAAAUCGGCAGAGAUGUAAAUGACAGGGCAAUUAAGGUAGGAUGGAGGCGAUGAUAUUUGUGUGGCGCAGUGCAGCACGUCUUUUAAAUUUUUUUUUAAAAAUUAAUCGUCACGUGUUAUAUAAACCGUUGUAAACGAUCGGUGUGUGCGGCAUUUGGCCCAUAGGAUGCAUGUAUCGCUUUAGUCGUAAACAUUUGCUUUCUCCUUUG